UCGUCAGUUCAGUCGAGGAACUUCGUUGUUGUGAUCGUUCAGUGCGUUGCGUGCGUUAUAACCUCGUUUCCCGCAAAUAUGAAUUCGUGUACUGAUCCGCUUCGGUUAAAUGAAAGUCGGUUGUUUCAGGAGUUGAAAAAUAAUUUAUCGAAACACAUUAAAGACACGCGAAACAUUUUAGAAAUUCGUGACAACGUGUUAUAUGUAUGGAAUGCUAAGGACUUUUGUGUGAUGACAUUAAACGUUGCAGCCACACGUGCAAAAAGCGGAGAAGAUGUGCCUUAUCAAAAACUACGACCUACCGAUCCUCCAAUCUUUGAUGUCAAGAAUCUGUUGAUCAAUGAGACGGGAACGCAGCUGGCCUUAUGGGGUAACUUAGGAAUUGUUCUAAUGGAGCUACCUAAGCGAUGGGGCAAGGAUGGCACGUUUCAAGGUGGAAAAGAAGAAAUACUCUGCGUAGUUCACAAGUUUGAUCAUUUUGAUGCAACAGGGGAAAUUAGAAAGGCAAGAUGGCACCCUGGUUCCACGAACGACUCUCAUUUACUAGUUCUGACUUCUGAUAAUACAUUUCGUUUGUACGAAUGCGAGGUCGGUAAUACGCCUAGGCUUGUCAAAUGUUGGAAAGUUGGUCGUAAACCUUUCGGUUCACCAUCAAAGAUACCCGAUUUUUCUUCCCUUGGCGACACAGCAGUAGACUUUGACUUUGCUACACCCACCUUAUGCAAACCGGAAAUGUUUGCUGGUAGAGACAUGAAUAAGAACAGCGUAGUUGAUUGGAAUCAAAUUGAAUGGCCGAUUCUGAUACUGAGAGGGAACGGAGAGGUGCUGAUUGUCCGGGGCAAUCUUCUGCACGACAGUCAUGAAGUCCCAGUGGUAUCAGGAUCACUCUCUAUGUACCCUCCAGCCGACGACAAUUACGGAAUAGAUUCCUGUUCCAUCAUGUGCAUACAAACUACCCCUCCGAUAGUGGUUAUCGCCAUGUGCACAGGAAAGAUUUAUCACGGUAUUCUGUUAAAAGAAGAAUUAAACGAUGACGAUGACGACAGAAGAUAUGGUUCAACUUACAGUCUUCACACACCGGAAGAGGCCCUAUAUAUCUACGAAUGUGUUGAAAUAGAAUUGGGUUUGUUUUUCGCGGAUAAUGAUGAGAAGUAUAAUUGUCCUAUACACCUUCGAUGGGAUAAAGAUAACAAAUCAAGGUAUUUUUGCUCCCAUAAUGCUGGUAUUCACAUGGUCACUUUGCCAAUGGUCUCUCAAUUGGAAGAAUAUAUCAACUCACCGGAAGACAACGACGCUAGCCGUUUACCAUCGCUCUCGAACCAAUCGAAUUCACAGUACCUGAUUUGUAGAAGAACUAAACACACAGGAGCGAACGAAGCCACACCGAUCCUUGGGUUUGGACUACUUCAGGAACCUUCCGUUCUGGUGGCCCUCUUGCAUACCGGCGAUGUAGUCGCCCGAUCUAUCAUCGAUCUCCACUACUUCCCAAAAAUUGAACCUCCAGAGCCUAUAAUUGAUAAAAAAGAAAGAGUCAAUAAAGAGGAAUUUGAUAUGUAUAUCAAGAGAUUGCUCAAACGUGAAACAUCACAGCCACUUAUAAAAAUGGGAUCAAAGAUCAUGUCUCCGCGAGAAUGUCUACAGCUGCUGUAUCAUGCAACGGACGUCUUCCGCAAAGAACAUUUUGUUAAACACGAUCACGUGAGAGAAGAGAUCGGUAAAAGGGUGCGAGCUUUGAAAGUGAUGAAAACUCAUUUAUUGAAAGAGCUGGAUACUUUGAUGGAGACUAAAAAAGAAUUGCAUCAAACUGCCGAACGUUUGGCUGAACGUUACGAGGACAUUAAAGACGAACAAGAAAAACUUGCGCAAAGAGCGAAAGAAGUGCUGCGACUAGUAAAUUACAAAGAACCCUCGAUGAGUCCUGUUGAAAGAGCCGAAGCUGAAGAAUUGAAGAAAAUGGAGACGAAGAUAGAGGAAAUGAAAAUCAGGCUGUUAGAACUGAAAAAGAAAUCAGAGCAACAGACUGGUUACACAGAAAACAUUGAAUAUAACGGAAAGAAGAAAGAAAUUGUUUUUAGAGGCGAUCAAGAGAAAACUAUUAAGAACAGCCUUGGACACAUGGCAAAAGAUAUAAAAGAAUUAAUUACAGAAGUGAAAAAGCUGGAAGAGGAAACAUUCAUUUUCUGCCACACCGUAUCGCUCAAGGCACAAAAAUAUAAUGAGAAACAUCAUUGGAAUCUUCCAUAACUUUCGACUGCAA